CAUGUGCUGCAGGACACUGCCUCUCCAGCGUCGUCCGUUGUGGGAGCGCCCUCUGCUUUUGCUUCUCCAGCAUCGUCCGCCGUGGGAGCGCCCUCUCCUUUUGCUUCUCCUUCAUCGUUUGCCGUGGGAGCAUCCUCUUUUUUUGCUACUCCAUCAUCGUUCGCCGUGGGAGCAUCCUCCCCUUUGGCUUCUCCAUCAUCGUUUCCCGUGCGAGCAUCCUCACCUUUUGCUUCUCCGUCAUCGUUCGCCGUGGGAGCAUCCUCACCUUUUCCUUCUCCUUCAUCGUUCGCCGUGGGAGCAUCCUCUUUUUUUAAUACUCCAUCAUCGUUCGCCGUGGGAGUUUCCUCCCCUUUGGCUUCUCCAUCAUCGUUCGCCGUGCGAGCAUCCUCUCCUUUGCUUCUCCGUCAUCGUUCGUCGUGGGAGCAUCCUCACCUUUUCCUUCUCCGUCAUCGUUCGCCGUGGGAGCAUCCUCUUAUUUUGCUUCUCCUUCAUCGCCGUCGUGGAGGCGCACUCUCCUUUUGCUUCUCGAUCAUCUUUCGCUGUGAGAGCAUCCUCUCCUUUUCCUUUUCCUUCAUCGUCCGCUGUGGUAACGCCCUCAUUUUUGCUUCUGCAGCGUCAUCCGUCGUGGGAGCGCCCUGUCCUUUUGCUUCUCCAUCAUCGUCCGCCGUGGGAGCGUCCUCUCCUUUUGCUUCUCCAGUGUCGUCCCCCGUGGGAGCACCCUCAUUUUUGCUUCUCCAGUGUCGUCCGUCGUGGGAGCACCCUCAUUUCUCCUUCUCCAGCGUCGUCCGUCGUGGGAGCAUCCUCUCCUUUUGCUUCUCCUUCAUCGUCCGCUGUGGGAGCAGCCUCUCCUUUUACUCUUAUUCAUCGAUCGCCAUGGGAGCGUCCUCUCCUUUGGCUUCUCCAUCAUCGUCCGCCGUGGGAGCGUCCUCACUUCUGCUUCUCCAGUGUCGUCCGUCGUGGGAUCGCCCUCUCCUUUUGCUUCACCCAACAUCUUUCGCCGUGGGAGCAUCCUCUCCUUUGGCUUUUCCUUCAUCGUCCGCCCUGGGAGCGCCCUCACUUUUGCUUCUCCAGUGUCGUCCGUCGUUGGAGCACCCUCACUUCUGCUUCUCCAGUGUCGUCCGUCGUGGGAUCGCACUCUCCUUUUGCUUCUCCUUCAUUGCUCGCCGUGGGAGCAUCCUCUCCUUUUGCUUCCCCAUCAUCGUUCGCCGUGGGAGCAUCCUCUCCUUUGGCUUCUCCAUCAUCGUUUCCCGUGCGAGCAUCCUCACCUUUUGCUUCUCCGUCAUUGUUCGCCGUGGGAGCAUCCCCUCCUUUUGCUUCUCCGUCAUCGUUCGCCGUGGGAGCAUCCUCUCCUUUUGCUUCUCGUCGUCCAUCGUGGGAGCACCCUCUCCUUUUGCUUCUCGAUCAUCGUUCACCGUGGGAGCAUCUUCUCUUUUUCCUUCUCCUUCAUCGUCUGUCUUGGGAGUGCCCUCUCCUUUUGCUUUCCUUCAACGUCUGCCGUGGGAGUGCCCUCUCCUUUUGCUUUCCUUCAACGUCUGCCGUGGGAGCAUCCUCUACUUUUGCUUCUCCAUCAUCGUCCGCCGUGGCAACAAGGCUCUCUACCGUCGCCCAUCGCGGGGGCGAGGCUCUCUACCGUCGCCCAUCGCGGGGGCGAGGCUCUCCACCGUCCUCG